CCGAGUUUGCACUCCUGCGCCUCCAGUUCGCUCCGCUCGCUCGCUCGUUUAUUCCGCCCGUGGGACCCACUGCAUCUCUCAAGUUGGCGAACUCUCGAACUGGCUACCUCCUGCGCUCAGUUCGUGCACGCUCGUGGUCGCGUUCGCACUGCACUUCGGGGCAGUCGCUUCGAAUCGAUUGGGAUAGCCAUGGCAACCAUGACAGCACCAGCAGUGGCGCAAGCACCACCACCACCACCACCAACAUCUCCUCGGCAGUGUGUCAGAGGUGCAGCUCCUGGCCGUCGUCGCUGGCGGCGCAGUAGCAGCAGCAACAGAAGCAGCAACAGCAGCAGCAGCUGCGGCCAGUAGUGACAGCAUCGGCUCCGGCAACGGUUGCAUCCACUCGCUCGGCGCGGAGACCAGAAGAAGGCUCGACAACGGACAGAUAGCAGCGGCCGAGGGCGCCCCGAAAUCAUGAAUUUCAUUGGAGGUGAUGGUGGCGACGAUGGCGACGACAAGGAAAAGGCAGAGGAAGAGGAGAGGGAGCGCCAGGAGGCCAUUCGUGAGGCCGAAGAACGGCGCAAGGAGAAGCACAGGAAAAUGGAGGAGGAGCGCGAGAAGAUGAGACAGGACAUUCGCGAUAAGUACAACAUCAAGAAGAAGGAGGAAAUCGUCGAGGCGGCCCCACAGGAAGAGCCCAAUCCUCUAAUGAGGAAAAAGAAGACGCCGGAGGAACUCGCCGCCGAAGCGGAGCAGGAGGAGCUCGACGAUUUUACAAAACUGAAAAAUCAAAUAGAAACGCAAGUAAAUGAGCUAAAAACUCAAAUAGAGGGAAAAUGUGUCAUGCAGUGAUAUGUCAGUCAUCGUAAAAUGAAAAAUGAUAACGAAAAAAACACAUAAUACAAAAACAAAACAAAACAAUAAAUAAUAAUACAAAAUAACCAAUGAAAGCAAAUAUUUAACUCGUCUUAAAAUUGAAUAUCUGUUAAUAAGCGAUCUGUUAAGUUAUAUCAUUGGAACAAACCAUAAAAAAGCGGAUAACAAACUAACUUACUGUAACCCCGCAGUAAUAAUUCGGAAAAAACACCUGUCGGUUCUACAUAAAAUUUCGUGAAGCCUAUAAAACUGAUAAAUCCCGAGUAUAAUGACCCGAUAAUAAUAAAAGGCAGAUUUGCUUAAUCUACAUAAAUGCGAACAGGACGGUGAACGUGAACUCCUAAUGACUUUUAGAGUAGCUAAAGCAAAAACACGCAUUAUCUAACAACAAGAGAAAUCAACUAUAGUAAACGCCUUUAAUAAUAUUCAAAUAACUUUGCUUCGACGAUAAUGUAAUAUACUCAAUUCCAAUAUGCUAUACACAAACGUUCUUUAGUUGAUAACAUGCCAUAAAAAAGCUAAUAAUAAAUCAACAAAAAUAACAAAGAAAAGCGAAUCUAUCGAUGAGGUGCGAACCCAAAUAGAAAACAAAUAAUUAUAGUACGAAUAACUAACACGAAAGCAAAGAAAAACCAAACAAAAAACCAAAAAAAAAAAAUUAAGCGUAUGGUGCGACAGAGGAGGUUGCUGAUUCAUGUCGAACCAUCGAAGUAUGUUGCUGAAAUCCCUUGGACCUUAAAUCCAUCUAAUUAUAUAUCAUUACGAGUAUAGAGAGAUUAUGAAUUCAAUCGGCGAAUAUGUUGAAAUUAUCAUUCCGAAUAUAUAUAUAUAUAUUUAUUUGUAUAUAUAUACACCCUGUGUACAUAUGUACAUUACGUAAAUAUGAGAAUACACUUGCAAACCAAUUGACUGCAGAUACAUUGAAAUUAUUGCUGAUUUACCACUAAAUGAAAAGGAAUAACGCUUCAGUCAGAGUUUGCUUUUGAAAAAUAAUUCAAGAUUCAAGACAAAACAUCUUUAACAGCUGUUACAUUUUGUUUCUUUCCUAUACAAAAAACAACAAUAACAACAACAUACCCACACUACAAUUGAGAAUUUCAAACUCUUUGAGAUAGUAACUGAUCUCUCUGAUUGAUGCUUCUGAAAUAACACGAAACAACAACCAACUAUUAUAACAACUCCAACAACAACUCUACAAAUUCUUCACAACAACAACAACGACUUGAUGAUCCCUCUCUCAGACAUGUACUCUCGGUGUUUUUAUAACUGAUAUAAUAUCAUCCAGAACCAGAACAAAAGCACAAGAAACGCCUACAGCCUACAGUACAAGAACAACAACAACAACUCAACAACAACAUCUACAACAGAAGUAUCUAAAAAUAUGUAUUAUACGAGAUGAACAACAACAACAACAAUCCAAGUAAAAAUAAAAACAACAACAAACUACAUGCAAGAAACAGCAUCCAUCGCAAAGCUCUCUACCAUAUUUCUGAAAGUUGUGAACCCAUUAACCCAUAAAUAUACUUACACCAACAUAUAGAGUCACAUGCAUUUAAAUAGCUAAAUAUAUGGUGUUGUAAAUGCUUUAAAAUACAAUAUAUGUGUACAGAACCAAAUAAAUACCAAAGAAUACAUCAGAAGUCAAUAAGUUGCCAGAUAUAUCCGUAUACAGAAUGAUCUGUAUCUAAGAUUCAAGCCAGCAUCAUAUACAUUCAAAAUUUUUAAAAACCACACCAACUCGCAUCAAACGGUCAGUUCAAGUUGAAGCUCUUCGCUGUCUCAUAAUCUUCUCAGACAUUUUGCUGUCUCAGUUUUUAACUCCUUCUUAUGCAUAUCGGCAAGACAGCAAUAAAGUUGUACGGCUCAACGCCUCUCUCUGUCAAUCUAAUAAAGCAAUCCUCUAGUGCCCCCUCGCUCCAUAGGAAGUUAGGAACGAUUGAACUAAAUGAAUGAAAUGAAGAAUGCCUUAACGUGGCUCAGACCAUACGACGACGACGCCGACGCCGACUCGACCAGUCAGUCCAAUGCGUGAGCAAAUUAUAUGAUGAUAUGAUGAUAAAUGAUGGUGAUCCUACUACCAUAGGGAAUGGAACUUACAAUCCCUAGCUCUACUAGCUUUGUUUCCUCUACUAUCGCACUCCUAUUCCAGAAUCGGAAUCCGAAUAUCUCCUAUAGCUAGAGCUAUGGUAUUUUCCAAACUCGAAUCCCAAACUAUCAGAUCUUUACAGUAAUGGCUUUCUAAAUACUUAUAGAGAAUGUUUACCUAGAUUCUACUACUAUAUCUAUAUUGCGUUUUUCUCUCAGAUACUUAUAUGAUGUUAAAGGUGACUUUGAUUGUUUAUAAUAUAUUCAAUAAACAUUAACAAACAAACAAAAAAACAAAGGAAACCAACCAAAAACAACAACAAAAAACUUGAAAUAUAUUCUUCAAUCAUAACCGAGUUUUUAACGUAAUCAUAAAUGUUCAAAAUGUUAAAUGGUUCAGCCGAUGUUAUUUUUAUUUGAAAUCUGUUAAUAUUGUGUUAUCGUUAAUAUUAUAGUUAUGAUAAUGUAAUUAUAUGUAUAUCAGAAAGUUCACAAGAAACCACAGAUAAUUACACAAUAUUAUCUAUAUGUAUAUGUAUAUGUGUAACUUAAUAGGGAAAUGAAUUUAAAGAGAAACAACAGACAAAAUUUAUAAUGAAUAAUGUUGAAAAGAAUACCAUUCAAGUCAUUAUUAGAUGUGAAAGACGUUCUAUACACACCAGAAGAAUAAACCAAAAAAAAAAAAAAAAAAAAAAACAAAAACAAAAACAAAAAACUUAAGACAAGCGUUAAUAGUUGAUUAAUUAUAUUGUUACUUUGAACAUUUAAUUAAAAACAAACAAAUGAAGGUGUAAUAAAAUGAAAUAUAUAUAUGUAUAAAUAUAUAUGAGAAAACACAA